GAGGAGAUGGAGUUUGAGGAGUCGGGCAUUGGAGAGGAGUGUGGGGUCUUCGGUUGUGUGGCAGCGGGAGAAUGGCCAACACAACUGGAGGUCGCACAAAUAUUGACACUGGGACUUGUUGCUUUACAGCACAGGGGUCAGGAGAGUGCUGGAAUUGUCACAAGUACUGGAGCAAACCCCCCAGCAUACACCACCUUAAAGGGCAUGGGAUUAGUAAAUACGGCUUUCAAACCAGACGAUUUGCAGAAACUGCGCAAUGGCAACCUAGGCAUCGGACACACUCGGUAUUCCACCACAGGGAUUUCUGAACUGCAGAACUGCCAGCCUUUCGUUGUAGACACCCUGCAUGGCAAGAUUGCAGUGGCACACAAUGGAGAACUGGUCAAUGCUGCUGCAUUGCGCAGAAAGGUUAUGCGACAUGGGGUUGGCCUGUCCACCAGUUCAGACAGUGAGAUUAUAACCCAGCUCCUUGCACUGACUCCUCCCAUGGAGGAGCUCGAUACUCCUGAUUGGGUGGCUCGCAUUAAGAACUUGAUGUCGGAGACUCCUACAUCAUACUCACUACUAGUGCUGUUUAAAGAUGUAAUCUAUGCCGUGAGAGACCCCUAUGGGAACAGACCUCUCUGUAUUGGACGUCUAGUACCCAUCUCCAAACUGCACAGCGCAGGUGGAGAAGGAGACACAGAAGGCUGGGUGGUCUCAUCUGAGUCCUGUAGUUUUCAGUCCAUUGGAGCAAAGUAUUAUCGUGAGGUGCAGCCUGGUGAGAUAGUCCAGAUAUCUAAACAUGGAGUAAAGAGUCUAAGUGUUGUCCCACGCCCAGAAGGAGACAACCCUGCUUUCUGCAUAUUUGAAUAUGUUUACUUUGCCAGGCCAGAUUCCAUAUUCGAAGGGCAGAUGGUAUAUACAGUCAGGCAGCGCUGUGGACAGCAGUUGGCCAUCGAAGCCCCCACUGAUGCUGAUUUAGUAAGCACUGUUCCAGAAUCAGCCACGCCUGCAGCAUUAGGAUAUGCGCAAGUUUCUGGCCUUCCCUAUGUAGAGGUGCUGUGCAAGAACCGGUAUGUGGGUCGUACAUUCAUUCAACCAAAUACUCGCCUGCGCCAGCUUGGGGUGGCCAAGAAGUUUGGGGCAUUGACCGACAACUUUGCUGGCAAACGAGUGGUGCUCAUUGAUGACUCUAUUGUCAGGGGCAACACCAUCUCUCCAAUUAUUAAACUGUUAAAGGAAGCAGGUGCAACAGAGGUUCACAUUCGAGUUGCAUCUCCUCCGAUCCGGUUCCCAUGCUACAUGGGCAUCAACAUCCCGACCAAAGAGGAGCUAAUUGCUAAUAAACCUGAAUUCGAGGAUAUAGCCGGUUACAUUGGUGCCACGAGUGUUCGGUACUUGUCUGUUGAAGGCCUGCUGUCUGCUGUUCAAGGUGGGAUAGAGCCACAUAAGAAAGAUGAGAGGAUCGACUCUACAACUAAGACUAAUAGACUCGGUCACUGCACAGCCUGUCUCACAGGCAAAUACCCAGUGGAGCUGGAGUGGUGACCUUCAGGCUUUCUGUUUAGAAGUCCUGUUAAUGCUGCUUCUUGAUGGGAAUUACAAUCCCUAUACCUGUAAAGCAAUUUUUUGGUGUGAUUGUAAUCUUCUGGGUGUCUUAUUAAAAAAGCAAGCCAUAUACUGAGCUCAAACAGAAACAUUAGGAUUGUCUUUGACAUUUCAGACAUACUUUAAGUUCUCCUUGAUGGUUUAUUUAAUAUCAGUUUGAUUUAAAAUGCUCAUUCAGAUGAGAUGAAUAUAAUUUACAAAAUACUACAUUACAUUUCGUAACAUUCCUUAUUUCACGUCAGUAUUGUACUUGAGUUAGAUUCUGUAUUAAAAUAAGCCUAGAAUUAAAAUCUUUGUGAAACA